CCUGGUCCUGUCCUCCCUCCCGCCUCUCGCGCGCUCCCUCCCCUCGCUUUCAUCCUCCUAUCCCCACCUCGCCAACCUCCGCUUUCAUCCCCCUCCCCUCUCCUCUCCUCCCCGCUCCCGCCAGCCCCACCCCUGGGAAGCCCCUCCCGUCGGGCAGCGCCGCCUUUAUAAGCGGGUUCCCUGCCCGGGGGCGGCAGCGGCUGGUCGGCGGCAGCUCUGCUGGUGCGGGGGCGGCGAGCCGAGGACCGAGCGACCGCGGCCGGAGCGCGCCGGCCACCGCCCGCACCGCCCUUCCGCCCGCCCUCCGGACGGCCGCAGCCCUGCGGGUCUCCGCUCCAGACCCACCCCCGCCCCACCCCGCGCGCCUCUGCCGCCUCUUCCAGAGACCCAGCUUGCUGAGCGGCCGCCGCUGCCGCUGUCGCCGCCGCCGCCGCCACCGCGCCAGGUUCCGGCCGCGGCCACCCUCCGCCGUCCAGGGCUCCUCCGUCCCGGCCCCGGGACCCCGGCUCCCCGCCAGCCCCGGCCCCGGCCCCGGCACCAUGUCGGAGAAGAGCGUGGAGGCAGCGGCCGAGUUGAGCGCCAAGGACCUGAAGGAGAAGAAAGAGAAGGUGGAGGAGAAGGCCAGCCGAAAAGAGCGAAAGAAAGAAGUGGUGGAGGAGGAGGAGAACGGAGCUGAGGAGGAAGAAGAAGAAACUGCCGAGGACGGAGAGGAGGAGGAUGAAGGGGAAGAAGAAGAUGAGGAAGAAGAAGAAGAUGAGGACGAAGGGCCCGCGCUGAAGAGAGCUGCUGAAGAGGAGGAUGAAGCGGAUCCCAAGCGGCAGAAAACAGAAAAUGGGGCAUCGGCCUGAGCCCCCUGCCAAUGGGCUGGGGGUGGGAGGCCCCUCCGGGCCUGGAGGUGGGGGUGAGAACAGACAAGUUGCAGCCACUCUUCACCUGGCUCCUGGCUCUGGACCCUGCACCAGAGCUGCCACCCUCUUUGUCCCCAGCCUUUCUCAUGUCCCCUCUCCAGAUACCGCCCCUUCUAUCCUCACUCUGCCAUUGUUCCACCUCUUGACCUGCUCCAUCUGAGCUCCCCAGCUGGUCCCCAGUCGCUCCUCUCCCUGUCCUUGCUCUCUUCCCUCCCUCCCCCCCCCCCCCCGACCCCGGUAGCCUCUCCUUCCUCACCACUGCAUCCCAGCCUCAUGUCCGGUCCAUCCCUACCCUGCCUGAUCCCUGGGUCUCCCUCAGAUCCCCUUCUCUCAGACAGCGCCAGGCCGGGGUGGGGCCAGGGUUGGGGCCGAGCCCCACAGCUGCCCCCCUCCCCUCUCCUCCCCUUUUUGUAUAAUUUAAUAAAGAAACGGUCGCGCUUCUGUUUUUAA